CUGGCUGUGAAAAGAAGCAAGACUAGAAGAAAGAAGAAGAAGAUACUGAAGCAUAAGACAUGUUAAGACAUUCAAGAUAAGUUGGAAGAUUGGACACUAGAAAGGAUUUAUUGAAGUUCUAAAGGGAAAAAAGAAGGGAAACAGGCAAGAGGAUGUUGGGAGUAGAGAUGUAUCCGAGUUUAGCUCUUGCAGCACAAAGACUUGGAGACUGCUGCUAUCGAGAUCGAGAGCCCCCUGCGCACGUGCCCCUGUACCCUACAUCAUGUGACAUGGCGGCCCGAAGCCUGCCUCCUCGCCUGCUACCCCCGCCCCCGGCAAAAAGAGAUAACACUGGGAAAUCUGAAGACAUUAUAAAGAUAGAGCUGGAAAAUGUAUCACUAUGGAAACAGUUUAGCACUGUUGGCACAGAGAUGAUCAUUACCAAGAAGGGCAGACGGAUGUUUCCUCAGCUAAAAGUGAAGGUGUCUGGCUUGAACCCAUCUCUGCGUUACAUCCUCCUGCUGGACAUCAUACCUGUAGACUCCUUUCGCUAUCGGUUCCAAGAUGACAAUUGGCAGGUGGUGGGAGGAGCUGAAGCUCGACUUCCAGACAGAGUGUUCAUCCACCCAGACUCUCCUGCAACUGGUGAACACUGGCAGAACCGAACCAUCUCUUUCCACAGAGCCAAACUCACCAACAACACACUGGAUGGACAAGGAUAUAUCAUUCUGCACUCCCUGCACAAGUACCAAGCACGAGUGCAUGUGGUUGAAACCAGAGAUGUGAUGAUGUGGGGUGGAGCUCAACACACCUUCACCUUCCCUGAGACCCAGUUCAUCACUGUUACAGCCUACCAGAACAACAAGAUAACUGAACUGAAGAUCAAUUCCAAUCCCUUUGCCAAAGGUUUCAGGGACAAUGGCAUGAACAGCAAGAAACAAAGAGAAGCAAGGCAAAAGAGGAAAUUAAACCAACCCAAUCAAGAGGAACCUUUAGACAUAGAAUCAUGUGACCCGUGUGAUUCCACCAAGGUGUUACCACAGCCAAUGGAACUGGAAAGCACCACUCUGUCUCUGUCUGAUUCAGGCUUCUGCUCUGAUGUGCCAUCUUUACCAGAGCAGACAGUACAGCAACAUAGCUCUGGUCAAACAUUUCUGAGUUCCCAGAUGACCCAGGUGCCUGAGAUUUCAGAGAUUCCAAAUUCAGUAGGGAAUCAGUCUCAGGCAACCUCAAAUAAUGAGGUGAACAAUGGAUUGCUUGAUGGGUCUACUCAGAUGAUAGGCCCUUCUUCAUACACCACAUUUGCAGCUGCUUCAAUUACACCCUCAUCUCAUUUGUCAGUGCCUCUAUCACAGCCUACAUCCUUCUAUUCCUCUCUGUCCUCCACUCAGACUGAUCUACCAUCCUCUCAUUCCAAUCCAACAUCUGUGCAAGAUUAUUCUUCCAUAGUUUCAGCUCACUAUCCUACCCUGGAUUCCUCUUCUCCAAUCACCUCUUCCUCUACCCCUGCCCAAGAUUCUACACAUACCUCCAUCCGUCACUCAUCCUCUUCUACCCAACUGCCUUCUUCCUCCUACCACUCCAUUCUUCCAUCCCAAGAAAACCUAAGCCCUCACACACCUACAAACCCACCCUUCCAUUCUCUUCCUCAACCUCCUUGCCAGUCAAUCAACAAUUGUGCUUCUGGUCUUUCUGUUGACACAGCUCAGAGCCAGGCUAUUGGUGGUUUGGCUUCCUCCAAUUCUACACCUUCUGCUGUCCAAGACUCCACCCCAACUGCCUUCCCCUUCCCACCAGUGCAGUCCUCCAACAAUCCAGAUUCCACUACUCCCCCAUCCCAAAUCCUAUCCCAAACUGCCUUUCCCUUUCCUCCAGUGGCACAUCCAAAUGGACAACCAGAUUCAAAUCAAAUCCCAACAUCUUUCCCUUUUAAUUCUGUGCCAGAAUCCAACUCCCCGCCUCUAAAUACCCCAUCAGAUCAGGAUAGCAACACCACUGCUUUUCCUUUCCCACCACAACCCAGCAAUACAAAUUCUUCAACCUCUUUGCCUGUACAAACCCUAGCACCUUACUCUUUCCAAUCAUCAGCAAUAUCCGAUAUGAAUCCUUCAUCUUACCAAAACCCAACAAAUUCAGCAACUGGAUUCUUCACUAUGCCUUCCAGUUCUGUAAAUGGAGCCCGUUCACAAGUCAUUACCAACCCCAUAGUCAAUCCAAUCCCUGCGUCUUCACUCUCUUCUCUCCCUGCAUCUCUGCCCACACAUGUAGUCUCUGGGUCCAUUUCUAACUCAACUCAAACCUCUUACAUGUCUUAUCCCUUACCCUCUUCCAUCCCAUCUGGUCCCCCUCCUCUCCAGAAUGUAGCAAUGCCAGCUAUUGGGUCUUCUCAGGUUGUUCCAGCUCUUCCAAAUAUAGCCCAGGUCCAGCCAACUAUGCCCCAGUCAUUCUCAACCUCCACUUUUUCCCAUAUCCCUCCCCAGUGUGCAAAUUCUUCUCAAAUCCCAUCACAGUCCUUUGCACCUAUGCCAGCUCCUACAGCUUCACUUCUUCCACAUUCAGCCCUACAAAACCACCCCAUCCCACCAGGAUCAUCCCAUACACAGUACCCUGUUACUUCCACUGCAUAUCCUCCAGUAGCGCCUUCAGAGAUAGGGUCCUUUUCUCAGCUUAACCCACCUGCCCCCUACCUUUCUGAUAUGGUAUUGCACCCUUCUCUUCUCCCUUCAUUAGAUAACACCCUGCCCUCUUCCGCUACUUCCCUUUAUAACCCAUUUCCUUCUUAUCCUCUCCGCCUCUGUCAGGACCCCCGAUCCUCUUUCCAUUUACAGCUCAGACACAUUUACAGGCAGCCCCAACAUGUACAUGCUAACAGCCAGGGGUCCUACCUAGACCUUGGAGGAAGGCCUGCAUUUUGAGAAGUGACACAAAAUGUUAUAAAUGAGAUGAAGGAAUUUCUGCCGACGUCAACAGAUGACAGACUACAGCUUUAAAACUCUAUGUGAUAGAUUUAGUGUUUAUUUUUGCAUUCAGGAUAGAUUAAUCAAAUGUAUCA